GCUGCGGCGGGAGUGUGACGCCGGAGACGGAGCCGCGACAUUGACGGAGACCCUCACACACAGACCCUGACACUUGCCCUCACACACACACACACACAGACCCUGACACUUGCCCUCACACACACACACACACACACGAUGCCGCGGGCGGGGAAUCAGCCGCAGCUGCUCCGCUCCUGUCAGAAAGACGAGUUUUACAUCAACUUCCUGAGACUCCAGACCCGGGAGAGCGGCCAGAGCCUGGCGGGUAUGAAGAGGUGGCUGGAAUGGAGGAAGGAGAUCGAGUUAUUGGCCGACUUAACUUACUUCACUCUCACAACGUUGGCAGGUUACCAGACUCUGGGCGAGGAGUAUGUGAACAUUGUGCAGGUGGCCCCGAGCGGCCGGGCGAUUCCAUCGCGGUUGCGCCGGGCGGCGCUGAUCGCCCUUCACACCUGCCUCCCCUACCUCCUGGAGCGGGGAUUGCACCGGCUGGAGGGGGGGCUGCAGAGAGAGGCCAGGUCGGCGGAGAGCGGGACGGGGGCACCGUGGAACCUCGGAGACUUGCUGCACCGGGCAGUGGGGGGCCUGAGCGAGCAGCAAAGGAAAGUGAUCGAACUCAGCAUCAGCCUCCUACGGCAGGCGGUCACCAUCCUUCACCGGCUGCACCUCGGCAUUUUUUACCUGAACGGCAUGUACUACCACAUGGCCAAGAGGAUUACCGGCAUCACCUACCUGUGUGUGCGGAGCCAACGAGCUGACAACUCGGGGGUUCGGGCCAGCUACCGGCUGCUGGGGUGGCUCUCGUUGCUGCAGCUGGUGCUGAGCGUGGCCGUGCAGGUGAACGGGCACCGGCAGCGGAGAAGAGCCAGGCAGGAGUGGCAGCUUCACAGGAACCUUCCCAGCUCCAGCAACAGUGCCCACGACUUGGCCACCAGUCGCCAUUCCAGGUGUAUCCUGUGUCUUGAAAAACGCCGACACUCAACGGCCACCCCCUGCGGCCACCUCUUCUGCUGGGAGUGCAUCACCGAGUGGUGCAACACCAAGGCAGAGUGCCCACUGUGUCGGGAGAAGUUCGAACCUCACCGGCUCAUCUACCUGCGGCACUUUGGUUAGGACGAGCAGGUGGAAAUCGCCGUGAGCGCUAGAGUCGCACAUCUUAUCCGGGAGAUGCUUCAUGUUAGAACGACAGAAGACAAUCUGUCACUAACAGCAGUUACCACAGGAACCAAAAAAUAUUGUCACAAUUUUGUCGAUCUCGACGCCUGUGCCUUGCAGACAAGAGUUAUUUUACCCCCAUUUGUGCAUCGUUGGGACAUUCGGGAAGGCAGGAUUGAAAUACGGGAUGUUGUUUGGGGUUCCUAAUCAGGAGAAGGGGAAUCGCUUGACAACGUUCUGUGUUCGAGCCCCAAAAAUGGGUCGUUAGCUCCCAGUCCAGGCAGACAUUCCCUGUGCAAUAUGAGGGGAGGAGCACUGACUUACCAGCAAUGACAUCCUACAGAGGAGACAUAAAAUGUUUCCAUGAAAUGUGUCUUAAAGACUCUGCAACACUAUUGGAAAAAGAAAAGGAGUUCCUCGUGGUGUCCUGGCCGACAAUCCUCCAGAUAAAAUUGGUCAUUCAAUUUAUGGCAUAAAAUGGCUGCAACAUUUGCCUAGAAAUAUGCAACUAAGAUGUAUAUAUUUGUAAAUAUGACAAUAAAUAUCGGUGAAACUCUA